UAGCAUAAUCCCCAUAAUCCCAUUAAUCUUUUAAUCUCACCUUAUCCCCCUAGAACACCCAUCCACCGCUCAUGAAACAUCUUAAAACUUAAAAAUAGCCACAACCCCCACCGCCGCACAGGCGGGCACAGUCUAAUUUCUCACCCGAAGGAUGACAUGCCUGCCAUUCAAUCUCACCACCUCAAAAAAAAAUUGGCCAUAGCGGAGGUAAUGUAAUAUAGUAUAAUAUAAUAUAAAUCCCCUCUCCCCAUUUACCAAGUUCUCCGUUUUCCUCUAACGCAUGCACAUAUAACGGCCUUGCAUUAAACCACCACCACAAUACCCGCGCGCCUCCACCACCACGGCACCACCCGACCAUGGCGCCAACCGCCCACUUCCUACCCGCCACAACCACCGCCCUCCUCCUCCUCCUCUCCGCCGCCCUCCCCGCCCACGCCCGCAGCGGAACCCACACCACCGCCCCCGCCGCCACUCUCCCCCUCUACCCAGCAUUCAUCCACCUCCCCACUCCCCCCGCGGUACUCGACGCGACCCUCCUCUCCGCCGCGCCCGCUGUGACCGGUACAUCCGGCGUCUUCGAAUGGUCUAUCGAUUGUCCCUCCGAUGAGAACGAUGAUAACGAUGCGUGUCGCCAUCUCAGUGUGUUUCCCGCGCAGUUGUGGCAUACCCAGAAUGGGGGGUGGAGGGGGAAGAUGACGGGGGAGAAGGGAAUUACGACGGUUUGGAGUUGUGAUUUAUCCGGUGCGGAGGAGACGGGGGGCCCGCAUUGCGUGGAUGUUAUAUCGACGAAAGGAGGGAAAGCAGUAACAACCACAGCGCAACUAGGCUGCCACGAUGAUAGACAACUCGUCCCUCUUCGGAUUAGCGAGGGGGCGGAGAAGUUUCCGGAGGGGUGGGAGGGCGUGUUGAUGGGGGAAUUGAAUGCGCAGUAUGGAGGCGGCCUAGAGGAGACGGGGUGUGCGAGGACGUGGACGAUGCAGAGUGGUGCGCCGAUUGUGACGAGGAAUGUGACGUCGACUGCGCCGGUGGCGACGAGGGCAACGACGACGAGUGUGGUGGGGACGGGGACGAGUGUGGUGGAUGCGGUGGCUAGUCAGACGGGGGAGGGAAAGGGGGUGAGGAGCGGGGUUAGUGGGCGGUUGGCUGCUGUUGGGGCGGUGGCGGCGGUGUGGUUUGGUGCUUGGUGA